AUGGAUGGAAAAAUUAUUGUAACGUCUCAUCCACGUUACGGCUAUUUUUAUGACAUCAAGACUACUGACAAAAUUGUCCCCAUAAUUCCUGAUCUUGGGGUUUCGCGGAAAAGCGUUUUUGAUGAAGUAAAAACACCAGCUUACAAGUAAGUUAUGAGAUAUCAUUUACUACGGAGUAAACACCAGACGUUUAACCUUCGUCAGCUGGUCUGAAUGCCGGAAUUUUCUUGGGAAAAUUCUAAGCUAGAGAUCGUAGACGAUUAGUUUUGCUCAUGAUGCGGCGUUAGUCAAGCCCAUUUAACGAAUCGUGCUUCCCUUUACGUUUGGCCUUGCUUUUUAUAGCACUGAGUGAUUUCUUAAACAUAGUGCGGAAGAUAAGCUAAGAUACGGCGUUGCUUGACUUUUCAACUGAAUAUUUGUAAAACAUCUAUGAUUUCUUAUUUAAGUUAAAAGUACAUACUAAAAAUCGUCUGGAGUUGUCAGUAAAAAAAUUUGGUGCUAUUUAGAGUAUUCUCGAGGUUAGUUGUUGUCUAAGAUCUAUAGAAGAUAACUAUAAAAUUAAAUAAUAAUUAUAAUGUGGAUAUUAGGAGGUGUCAUCUUGAUCAUAACGCAAUCUUUAAAAUCUAAAAUAUUUUGAGAAGUCUUGGGUGAUGUUUCGCAAUCAACAAGAGCCACAAUAUGGCUCUUGUUCGGAAACAACUCGUAUUAAAUUGCACAUUCCUCGGGUCUAUGGGGUCAAACCGCACGGAGGAGAGGAAUGAUGAUCGAGUUUUAGGGUGUAAUUAAGAAAUUUAUGAUGAGCCACAUGUAACUCACGGUAGAUGAUAAAUAUAUUCAUUUAUAUUUAAUGGGACAUAUAACUACUAUCUUUAAAAUACAAAUUUUGGCGAGAAAAAAAAAACUAUAGCGAAGAAAAAGAUCAAAGUUACUUGAAAUCCAAACAUUGGUUCAGUAUUAAUUUUCUAGCAAAUUUGUGACUGAGUUCUUUGGUCAUUUCAGGCUUUUAAUUGAAGUUUGCCCAAAAAGGAAAUAAAGGACAUGUACUGCAAAAAGGCGUCGCGUCAUUGGUCUAAAAAAAUACUCAGUUCUCCAAUUCAUCCUCGAUUUGUAGCAGAUGCUUGUUCCUCGAACUGGCUGUUUAACCCUCCGCUUACAGAACUCAAGUGUAUUGCAGCGAAUUUCCGUGCGAGUCUAAAGCUUUUAGUCAGAAAGUGAAAAGGUCUGUUUUGUUUUAGAAAGAUUUUGUGUUUUGUGCCAUUUUUUUGAAACCGCGCUCAAAUAAUGGUUACAUAAACAGCUAUUCCGUCUAACACAGAAAAUGUUUCAGAACUUUUACUCAUCAGUAAGGUAUCAUAGGACGCUAUUCAGAACAAAGAUCUGCAUAGAAAACGCUUUGCAAAGCGUGAUUUUUUGUUAUCAUUAAUUCCUCAGGGACUAUUGCCCUUCAGUUUGUCAUGGCUUGUGAGUUUGUUUCUAGUCAGCACUAAUUAGUUCGCGUUGCUUUAACAGUGGCUCAUGUCUCUCUUUAAAUUCCAAACACGUCUCCAAUAACUUCUGUUUACAAACGACUCAUGGCAAAUUCAUAAAAUGAAGUUUUCAUUUUCUUAGGACUUCUUUUACCAAGUUUUUCAUACAAAAUCAAUAGUGAAUAAAAAGUAAUGGAGUAUGGCUUAGAUUAGCUUCUGGUUGUUGAACUUCAUAGCUUUUCAGGACAGCAACUAUGUCUACAAGGCAGUAAGACAGUUCAUACGAUGAACGAGUUUAUGCAAAGACUAAUAAAAAGUAUGUACCAGUUUAUGAAAUUAUAAGACUCUCACUCAGUCAUCAAGCUUGUCUACAGUAGCCAUUGUUUGCUUAUAGAUUAGUUGGUUGGGAACACACGUCGCCUUUGUUUGUUCUUUUAUUGACAUUCAAGGGGGGGUUUGGGGGCGUCGAAAAUUUUAAAAAUAGAUAUUUAAUUUACUGAAUCACCUGUUCUGUUGGUUAUCAGCCUCAGCUCGUGUUCUAAGACUUCCAAGUGCCAGUUAUUUUGACAGCGUUUAGCUUCAAUUCCCAAAAAACCGCGCAACAAAGCCAAUUUCAAAUUUACCAGGUGAACUAUCUGAACACAGUGUACUGUGGACAAUAUUUAUAAUAUAAUCUAGACUAGCGGUAGACCUCACAUCUAUCUGCUGAAAAAAAUCGGCACUUGUUAAGGGGCAUAUAGAGAGUCAUUGCUUGUCUCAAUGUUUGCCAAGUUCUCAUUUGCACCCUUACACAUUUCCUAUAGAAUAUUGGCGGAGAGUUUUUACAAUGUAUACAAAAGUAACGAGAAAAUUUAUCUUGAGUUAUCACGUCCUUUUCUAUACCUAGAAGGAAAUGUAUAGAAGCGUAGAGCCGUCUGGCAAAAUGAGGAUUAUGCCACACUUCAUUCACCCAUAAUUCUUUACUGUAGUUCCACGCUUCUAGACGUAAGAAGUGUAAAAUAGCCUGAUCUGAUGAAGUAAAAAUAACAUGCAUUUUUGCCCAAUCAUGAUGGAGACGUAAUCAUUAUGGCUUGAAAAACUUGUAUUUUGAGCUGAAAUCCUAUGAUAUGAUGGCUUAGCGACAUAAGAUCAGAGCAAAUGUCAUUGAAUGUGACCACGUGCCAUUAAUUACAUUAGUCUUUGUAGCGCAAGGUAGUAACUUCGUCCUCAGUCAGUUUACGAUCCAAGUUAGUAGUACUGAUAUAAGCAGGGGAGGCAAAGUUUGGAAGUGGAUUCAGGAUUCCUUGUCAAUGCAACAUGGAUUCCAGAUCCCAAUCGUUAGCGGGGAUUCCGGAUUUCUUUGAGCUGAAUCACGGGGUUUUGAACGCCCGGUAUUCCGAAUUCCUUGGAUGUGGACUGGUGAAACUAUUAGUUUGUUGAAAUCUCUUCCUAAUGACAGAGAUGGAAACAUUUAGGUCCAAUCUUAAAAUUUCUUACCAUUAGACUCUCAUCAUCCCCUGGAAAACCUGUAACAUUUUAUUCCUUUUAUUGUUAAACUACAGAAAACAAUACAACGUUUUUCGAGACUUCACCAUUGGACGCUCAUCCCCAGUUUGGAAUGUGAGCAACGCAGCGAUGAAAGCGUCACCUAGUGAACGCCUGGUUUAUCUUUCACAACACAAGAAAUUUCACACAGACUAUAAGCCCUGCCGACCGGUUCAGACUACGGUUUCCUUAGCUGCACAAAAGGCUUCUGCCUCAGAGCGAAUUGAAAACCUCUCCGUGGCCAAGAAAAGACCUACUAUUGUGGAACGUGAGUGGAUUAUAAAGAAAGGGGCGCUCACCUCACGGGCCUCUCAAAGAGUACAGCAACUGUCCCAUUCUAAAGGAGUCCCACUGGGCUUUACACCAGACAAAGUUGAAGUGUGGCAAGUGUCGAAAGCCGCUUUAAAAGCGAAGCCAUCUAAGCGAAUCGAUGAUCUGGCCCUGCCAAUAAAACGCGAAAUAGCAGCAAAUUUACCAAAUGCAGACGCCUUUGAAGUGAGCAAGGCGGCACAAAAAGCAAGGUGUUCGGACAGACUAGCUGAAUUGGCCCAACCAAUUAUCAGAGGAUAA